AGAAGAAGAGGAAAAAAAAAAUAGAGAAAAAAAAAAAGCCAACAGGUUGAUCUGGAUUUCCAUCAAGGGUUCCACCCUCCUCCGUUUAAUGAACAUCGCAGAACAGGUGCUUGGAAUUCAUUACCAGCCCACAAGCCCAGCAGACGGGAACCGCGCCGGCCCAGCCGCGCUGCUCCUCUCGGAGGCAGCAGCCCCUCAGCCCCUCAGCCUUCCCGCCCCCGGGGCCCAGCCCGGCCAUGACCAACCCCAGCUCUGCCUUCUCCAGCGGCUCCCUGUGCUCCGGGGAGGCGUCGGCGGCGAUGAGCCGCGGCAGGGCCGCCGGGAGCCCGUCCCCGGAGCGCCGCAGCCCCGACGGGGGGGCCAGCGACGGCCGCGGCUCGGUGGCCAGCGACGGCUGCGGCUCCCUGCGCUGCUCGCCCUGGCCGCCGUUCGCGCUGGAGGGGAGGCUGCCGCCCCCCGUGCGCCUGGACAUCGACACCGAGUUCCAGGCCGUGCGGCAGCAGGAGAAGGAGGACAUCAAAGUGCUCAACAACCAGUUCGUGACCCUGAUCGAGAAGGUCCAGAGCUUGGAGCAGCAGAACAAGAUCCUGACGACCAGGUGGAACUUCCUGAAGGACCAGGACAAUUCCCACUCUGACUCGGACAUCAAGGCCAUCUAUGAGCAGUACGUGAGCAAAAUGAACCAGGAGAUGAAGGCGCUCAACUACGAGCAGGAGAACCUGGAGUCGGAGCUGGCAAAGGUCCUGAGCACCAUGGACGCCUUCCGGAGCAAGUACGAGGAUGAAAUUCGCCUCUGCAGCGGGAUGGAAUUCACCUUCAUGGAGCUCAAAAAGGAUUUGGACGUGAGCACCUUGCACCGCACGGAGCUGGAGGUGAAGCUCAAAGGGCUCCAGGAGCUGCUGGAGCUGAAGAAAACCAUCUACGAGCAGGAACUGGAGGAGCUGCUGACAGAAAUCAAGGACAUUUCUGUGGUGCUGGGAAUCGACAGCUGCUCCCGGCCGGACCUGGGCAGGAUCGUGGAGGACGUCAGGGCCCAGUACGAGGCUCUGGCCUUGCGGAGCUGGGAAGAGGCCGAGGCCCUCACCCGCAGGAAGCUCACCGACAGCAGCUCCCAGCCCGGCUCCUUCGGGGGGCACCUCCUCGACAGCCGGCGGGAAAUCGCGGAUCUGAACAUCCGCAUCCAGAAACUGCGGUCCUGCAUCGUGUCCCAGAAGAGCCAGUGUCUGUACCUGGAGGAGCACAUCCGUGAGGCUGGCGAGCAGGGGGAGGGGACCCUCAGGGACGCCAAGGCCAAGGUGGCCGGGCUGGAGGAGGCCCUGCAGCGCAGCCGGGAGCACAUGGCUCACCUGGUCCGGGAGUACCAGGAGCUCAUGAACAUCAAACUGGCCCUGGACGUGGAGAUCCUCACCUACAGGAAGCUCGUGGAAGGGGAGGAGAACAGCAUGGAGCAGCCCAUUCCCACCGUCAUCAGCGCUGUCCACUCCCGGCCCAAGCCUCUUUCUGCCAGCACCCUGCGGAACUCACGGCUCUUUGCCCGGGGCUCGGGGGACAUGGAGCCCAGUGGAGGUGGCCCGGGGAGAGCCCAGGAGCUGCCCGGGACUCCAGGCACCGGGACCCGGCCCAAGUUCAGCCCCGAGGAGUGCUCCUAGGAGAACGGGAUGAGCAUGGAUCCAAAGCACCUGGGAAGCUCUUCCUCCUGAACUCCAGCCCAUCCAGGGGAUGAAGGAUGAGGGUCCUGUCCCGGCUGUCCCUUGGCUUUCCACCAUCCCAGUUCACAGCUCCAUUCCCAGCUGCAGCAGGAACCACCCCAGGACUUUAGGGACUCCCCCAUCCCUCUCUCCUUCCUCUCUACGGCUCCCUUCCCAGGGAUUUGCAGUCACCCCUUGGAAUGUGCCCAGCAGAGGGAAGUGUCCCUACCCCAGUUUUAGCAGCUACCAUCGGUCCCUUUACUGGUGUUGCCAAACCUUUUCCCUGCUCUGAGGGUGGUCCCUGACGGGGCUUCCAAGGAAAGCACCAUCCAAAUUCCACACUGGGGCACCCUUGG